AUGACUAGAUACGUUGGGUGCAUCGAUAUCCACGGUGGAAAAGUCAAACAGAUUGUGGGCGGAACGCUCGAGAAAGACGAUAAGGAAAACGAGGACCUGGUGUCAACGAAUUUCGUCAGUGAGCAUUCAUCCUCAUAUUAUGCCCAAAUAUACAAGAAACACAACGUUGUACGCACCCAUGUGAUUAAGCUCGGCUCUCUGGAGAGCAACGAUAAAGCUGCUUUAGAGGCUCUUCAAGCUUGGCCCAAUGAAUUACAAAUUGGUGGAGGAAUCAACAUUUCAAACGCUAAAUAUUGGAUUGAUAGCGGAGCGGCCAAGGUGAUAGUCACCUCGUGGCUGUUCCCUGAGCAAGAGUUGGACUGGGAUCGAUUGAAAAGGUUGAGCGCGCUUAUCGGACCUGAGAGGCUUGUUGUGGACUUGAGCUGCCGCAAGGUGGAGCACCAAGGGGAAACAUCGUGGGUGGUAGCUAUGAAUAAAUGGCAGACCUUAACCAAGACCGUGCUGAGCAAGAAAUUGUUUGAAGAUCUUAGCCAGUACUGUUCAGAGUUUUUGGUGCACGCAGCUGAUGUGGAGGGGCUCUGUAAUGGAAUAGAUCAGCCGUUGGUGCAGAAACUUGGUGAAUGGUCGCCUGUUCCCGUUGUUUAUGCCGGUGGAGCAAGGUCCAUUACAGAUCUGGCCCUGGUGGACAGGUUGAGUCGUGGAAAGGUGGACUUAACAUAUGGCAGCUCUCUUGACCUCUUUGGAGGCAAUUUGGUGAAAUUUGAGGAGUGUUGUGCUUGGAACGAGAAGCUGGAUAAUUAA